AUGUAUUCAUGGGAACGAUUCACGCACAUCACCGUGGACUCAUUCGUGAUUGCACUCGGACAGCAAGAACCAGGCCGAGACGGGGUGGAGAUCAUCAACGGGGUGACGCACGUCCGCCCCGGCGGGGGAUUCGUGCCGGACUUCCUCCUCUUCCGCAAGGUCGACGUAAACGGGAGCGGGAGAAUCCCCCUCUACUCAUAUCUCACCAGCGUGUGCCCGUCGGCGGUGAGCGGAUACCGCGAGAAGGAGCGCCUCUUCUACGACACCCUCGACAGCAACGACAUCCGCUGGAACUUCGAGAAGUUCCUCGUCGACCGCGACGGGAAGCCCUACAAGCGGAUCUACCCGGACCAGCUGCCGGAGACGCUGCAGGGCGACGUCGCCGCGCUGGUGCAGAAGCGCGCCCAAGCCGAGACCGCUUACCCCGACUACGGCGACUACGCUUUCGGGACGCCGUCGCUGCUCUCCGUCUGAAGCGGCUUGCUUCGGGCUUCGUCAGAACCGACUUCUUUAAAAAUCUGAGCAAAAAAAAAAAAAAAUUCGGAAUUGAGCAUGCUUUAA